AUGGAAAUGGGGGAAGGGUUCACAGGUGAGGGGUUGGAAGAGGAGGCGGACGAGGAAGAGGUCCCGGAAGCGCCUGGUUGCUCCGGAGCGGCCUCCCGCUUCGAGAGGGGAAGCCGCUCAGAGUCCAGUGGUGAGGGGAACGAAGAGAUGGAAGAAGAGGAGGAGGAGGAAGAGCUAGAAGAAGAAGAAGCAGCUUUAGAAAGGGGGCGUGGGAAGCCUUUUGGAAGCUUUGGGAUGGAGGAGGGGGCAAUGGACUCGGACGAUGAAGAUGAGCGUAUGAUUAAUCUGUCUGAGCUGACACCAUACAUAAUGUGUUCCAUCUGCAAGGGGUAUUUCAUAGAUGCCACAACUAUCACUGAGUGUCUUCAUACAUUCUGUAAGAGCUGCAUAGUAAGACAUUUUUACUACAGUAAUAGAUGUCCAAAAUGCAACAUUGUAGUGCAUCAGACACAGCCCCUUUAUAAUAUAAGGCUGGAUCGACAGUUGCAAGACAUAGUAUAUAAAUUAGUUGUCAACUUGGAGGAAAGAGAGAAAAAGCAAAUGCAUGAUUUCUACAGGGAGAGAGGUCUAGAAAUACCCAAACCUGCUGUGCCACAGCCAGUUGCUGUAGCCAGGGGGAGAUCUCGCAAAGUUGUAGGCUCAGUAUUCCGUAUCCCCCCAGAACUUGACAUGUCUCUGCUCCUGGAAUUUAUUGGAGCUAAUGAUCUCUCAGGGAAUUUUAAGCCGCUGGAAAAGAAGUUUGUACGGGUUUCAGGAGAGGCAACAAUUGGACAUGUUGAGAAAUUCCUCCGAAGAAAAAUGGAUCUUGAUCCUGGCUGUCAGGUAGAUAUAAUAUGUGGAGAUCAUCUGCUGGAACACUACCAGACUUUAAGGGAAAUCCGACGAGCUCUGGGAGAGAGUGCUGUGCAGGAUGGCUUACUUGUGCUGCACUAUGGUCUGAUUCUUAGCAGAGAUUCUGCACUUUAAAAGAUUGUGUAAAUCUCAGAAGUCAAAGAGCUUUGAAGAAG